UAGACUUUGUCUUCGGCUUUCUGGAAACGCAGAGUAAAAAGAUACCGGUGGAUUGGCGAUGACAAACCCAUCUUGGGCCGUGUAAGACCCUAUUGAGACGCCAGCAGCAACACCUUCAAUUCAUCUCCCAUAGCUUUCUACAAUGAGCGCAGGUGGUGCUUUUGGUGGUAAUAGGGGAGUCAGUCCAGUUCCUCCAGAGAAAGGUGUCUUUCCUUUGGAUCAUAUGCACUUGUGUGACCAGGCGAAAAAGGAAUACCUCAAUUGUCUGAAAACUUCGGCCCACCAAUCUGAAAAGUGCAGACACUUCUCAAAAUUGUACCUCGAGUGCCGCAUGGAAAAGAACUUGAUGGCAAAGCAAGACAUGUCAGAACUUGGAUUUGUAAGGGAAAGUGAUAAGGAAGCUUCUGAAGAGAAGAUUACUAAGAGUAGUUACCAAUCAUCAUAUUAGUAGUAGGAAGGUGAAAGCUGGAAUGUGGGAUAGUUUGUGGGAGAGUUUUCCAGUAGACCAUUUCUUCAAUUUGUUGAAGUCUUUUCCCACCCCAAAAUGACCGGACUCUAAAUUAGAAUUUUUUCAUAGUUUUCUUUUGUUUUGUAUCAGAGGGGGCUACUCAAUUGUACGCAGACCAAUAAUCAGAACAUCACGAUGUACAGGUAGUUAAAUUUUAGUUCAAGUGCAUGUCAGAAGAAGCUAGCCUAUAGUCCUAUACCAUGAUGUUUCU